GGAGCCGGGCGCUGGGGAACGGAAACAGGCGAGCACCGUCCAGCGGGGCGGACGGGAGGCUCCGGGCCGAGCCACCCCGAGCCCUGCCUCGCAAACAGGCCGGCUGAGCGAGCGGGCCCGAGCGCCGGGGCCGGGCCCCAGCAGCCAUGAAACGGGACCGGCUCGGCCGCUUCCUGUCGUCCGGGCAGCGCGGGAGCACCGGCGGCAGCAGCUAUGGCGGUGGCCGGGCCCGGGGCCGCCCCGCCCGCAGCGGGCCGACCGUGGCCGAGGCGGCGGCUUUGGUGGCGGCGCGGCUGAGCUGGGGCCCCGCGCGGGCCUGCGCGGACGCGGGCGAGGACGGCGCCGACGAGGCAGGAACAGCCCGGGCCCUGGCCAUGGGCCACUGUCGCCUCUGCCACGGGAAGUUCUCCUCCCGGAGUCUGCGCAGCAUCUCCGGCAGGGCACCUGGGGAGAGCUCCGAGAGACCACCCCCCGGGGAGCGUGUUUUCGUCAGGGACUUCCAGCGUCUGCUGGGGGUGGCUGUCCUCCAGGACCCAGCUCUGUCUCAGUUUGUCUGCAAGAACUGCCUCGCCCAGUUCUACCAGUGCCACGGGCUUCUCACGUGCUUUCUGCAGAGAGUCAACGUCUCCCCGACGGGCCAUCGGAAGCCUGGCGCAAAGGUCGGUGUCCAGCCGUUGCCAGGCGAGGAGGGAGCCUGUGUGGUGGACCUGAUCACUUCGAGCGCCCAGGGCCUGCGUGGCCUGGUGGGGUGGGUGCACGGACACGCGGCCAGCUGCGGGGCCCUGCCCAGCCUGCAGAGCACGCUGCCCUCCGAGUACUGUGGCGUCGUCCAGGCCGUGUGGGGCUGCGGCCAGGGCCACGGCUACACCAUGGACGCCGGCUCCCGCUGCGGGGCCCUCUUGCUGGACGGCGCUUUGGGAGUCAAGUGGACGUGGGACAAGGAGAAGGCCCCGUGGCUCAGCCAGCACCGGGGGGCCAGCCCCACGGGCGCCGCCCCUCAGAGCUCCCAGGGCAGAGUGACGGCGGCUGGGACCGAGAUGCCGCCCACCACGGACACAGCCCGGCCUCCUUCAGACGGCGACCCUGUGGGGCCUGGCCCGGGCCCCCCGCCUGAGCCGAGCCUCCCCCCAAGUGGGGCCCCAGGGCACUUGGGUGAGAAGCAGGUUCCGUCUCCAACCUCGGAUGAUCGGGUAAAAGACGAGUUCAGUGACCUUUCUGAGGGAGGCUUCCUGAGCGAAGACGACGACGACAGGAAGCAGAACACCCACUCCUCGGACGAGUCCUUUGAGCCGCUCCCAGAAAAGAGGGGCUCUGGUAGAAAGACUGAAAGCAGAGAAGCCAAGAAGCUGGACGAGCCAAAACUUCGAAAGAAACCCGGGCCCAAGCCGGGCUGGAAGAGCAAGCCUCGCUGUGAGAGGGAGGAGCUGCCCACCAUCUACAAGUGCCCCCACCAGGGCUGCACGGCCGUGUACCGCGGCGCCGACGGCAUGAAGAAGCACGUGAAGGAGCAUCACGAGGAGGUGCGGGAGCGGCCCUGCCCGCACCCCGGCUGCAACAAGGUGUUCAUGAUCGACCGCUACCUGCAGCGCCACGUGAAGCUCAUCCACACAGAGGUGCGGAACUACAUCUGCGAUGAGUGUGGACAGACCUUUAAGCAGCGGAAGCACCUCCUGGUCCAUCAGAUGCGCCACUCGGGAGCCAAGCCUCUGCAGUGUGAAGUCUGUGGGUUCCAGUGCCGGCAGCGGGCAUCGCUGAAAUACCACAUGACCAAGCACAAGGCCGAGACCGAGCUGGACUUCGCCUGUGACCAGUGCGGCCGGCGGUUUGAGAAGGCCCACAACCUCAACGUCCACAUGUCCAUGGUGCACCCGCUGACGCAGAGCCAGGACAAGGCCGCGGCCCUGGAGCCCCUGCCGGGGGCCGAGGGGCGUCCGGCCGUGAAGCCCGAGCCCACCUGAGGGCACGCCAGCCCGGACGGAGCUCAGCAGGUGCGAGAGGGGGUCCGGCCCCGACGGCACGGCUUUGCUCUCCCAAGAGCCCCACCCGUGGGUCGGGUGGCCGCGGCUCCGUGCAUGGCCCGUGUGGCCAUCUGGCUCUGGGCCCAGCAGUUCACUUUCCUGUCCACACUGAGUGCCUCGAGGCCGGCGCAGAUUUUAAAUAAUUGAUUCCGCUUCCUCACUAAAGCAACUGAGUUUGUAAUCCACUUUCCAGGGCGACCAGAGCUCUGUUACACUUGUAAUAAAUUAUUUACAGAGGAGCAGGGCUAUACCCCGUGCAGGUCCGGUCCAAAGAGACAGGGCUCCUGGCGGAGGUCAGGGUCGAGCCCGGCUGGCUGCCUGCGCAGGAGGGCCGCCCUCACUUCUGGGUCACAGGCUCCAGGAGCGGCCAGCAGCUGCAAGAAAGCACACAUGCCGAGCUGAGUGCUGCUCCGCAGACCCCUGCUAGACAGCGAGGGCCGGGCGCCACGUGCUGGAUCCCGAACGGUCACUGUCCCUGAGGUGAGAGCAUCAGCGAGCUCCCCCCUCGACAGCGACGUGCAGGGAGAGGCAGACGCCAGGCCAGCGUCCAGGCGUUACCUCGGUCACACACGCGAAGCUCCUUGCCGGGCAGCGAGGUAUCAGUUGCAACAGAAACAGACGAGCUUUUGUGAUCAGGCUGACAGGGUCGCCCUAGAAAGAAGACGGAGAGCCUGGCUCAGGGGGGCCGCGGCAGCUCGCUGGGCCGGGGGGCAGGGGGGGGGACUUGUCCAGGCCUGGCCCUGCACCUACCUGGCCCCGGAGCUCCCCGCUGUGGGCCCGCGUCGAGACGGCACUCGUCCCGCCGUCCAUGAAGAGGCGCACAAGCUGCAGGUACAUGUCGACAGCCACGUGCAGGAAGGCCUCCUGCUGGAGGGGGGCGUCUUCCUCAAAGGAGGAGAGAAGGCUGAGGGCAGGGACAAGGGGUCAGAGAAGGCUGAGGGCAGAGUCACCCCAGACCUCACGGGGGCCAGGUGGGCAGCAGCGGCGGCAGCCCCCGCUCGGACCCCUCGGGCCCGUUACCUGUAGAAGGCGACCGGCAGCAGCCUCAGCAGGUGGUCGGGGGCCAGGCGGAGGAGCGUGUGGCCCAGGCCGGCUCCUGCAGCGGGGGGGGGCCGUCAGCGCGCGGGCACUGCCCCGCGGGGUCAGGGUCCUCAGGCUGGGGGUGGGGCCUGGGCAGGGGCACUGGGAGCCUCCCUGCGGCCACUCGGCCAGGCCGUUGCUGAAGUGAGUGUGUCUUUGCAAGAAGAUAAACUUGCAAAGACGAGUUUUUAAAGUGCGGCCCCAGAAGGGCUCGUGCCUCCCUGCGGGAAACUUGUUUCUGGAGAGAAGGACUGAGAGGGAACCAGCGUCUGGCGUCCCGGCCCAGACCCCAGCUGUCCAGUGUCUGGGGACCUCUUACCGGCCUCUGUCAGCUGGAAGAGCGGCAGCCAGGAGACCCUCCUCCUCUGCAGGCAGCCCAGGAUCUCAGUGCAGACGGCCAGAGCCUCCGGGGAGCCGGCUGCCUGCGGCCCGCGGAGGAGAGGAUAGUGGCCCAAAGGUGACCAGUGGGCAAGGGGGGUCCACCGGGCCUCCUCCGAGCCCCGGGUCGUGGGGGGGAGGCGGCUGACUUACGUGUGGGGUCACGUGUGAGGCGAGCAAGCCCAUCAAGGAAAAGAAGAACAGGAAGAGCAGCAGCUGCAGGUGGAGACAAGGACGCUCUCAAGGUCGGACCCCGCACAGGGAGCGCCAGCCGGCAUGCCCAGGCUUCGCUUAGACAUCGCUGCAGUGGGUCCUCGCAGAAAAGCGCCCCGUUGCUUUCCGAGAGCACUGCGCUGGGCCGGCCUCUCCCGGCCCCGAGGACAGAGUGCGCCGGGCACCGUGCCCUGAGCCACCACGACCGUCCACCAAAACCACCCGAAGAUGCCCGGACACAGACACUUCCUCGUCAAUCCCCAAGACCCGGCGGUCGGUCUAGCUGCCAGGCAGGCCUGAACGACCUGAGCCGAUGGGGGCCACGGCUGGGGGAGAGGGGCCACGGGCGGGGACACAGCGUUGGGGGGGGUGCGGUGGGGCCUGGCCCCAGGGCUCGCAGAGGGGACACCAGCCUGCCGUCUGGGCAGCCGUGCGUCCACCCCCUCUCCAGGCCAGAAGGGUGUCGGUGGACAGCGGGGCCGUGGGGAGGACACGCGGGCCACAGCACCGCAUGGCGAAUGAGAAAGAAAGGCCCUUUUACCGCAGACCUGAGCUUCCCAACCUGUAAACCCAGUACAUUCUGCUUCGAAAUAAAGUUUCAAGGUCUCCACA